CUGCAUGGUUCCCCUCACUCCUAGUACUGUCUCCUCCUCCUCCUCCAUCCGUCCGUUACCCCGGGAUAAAUCCUUAUCGCUGUCCCCGAGUCCCCCCCUUCCACGCAAAUCCUCCGCCGAAACGUCACUGCUGCCCGUCAACUCGGCUCCUCCCUCCAAUCCUCCUUCGCCGGGCUAAAUACUUUCCCUGCCACCGUCGCGUCCAGGCCUUUCCCUUCAGCCGAAAGCAUUCAAGUAGUGAGAUUCCAGAUCCGAGAUCACCACCUAAGCCUACUAGUAGCAGCACGGACAGCCUAUCUACUGGCAUUACUAUCACGGUACUAUUCAUAGGGUCCGUGGUGAUGGCUUUUCCCCAUUGCGGCGCCAUCUGCCGAGAUCGCCUCGUAGAUCAUUGGCUCUCCCUAACCGAACCCAUUCGCACGGGACUGGCGAUUAUUGUCUGCGGUUGACUACGUUCAUCCAGGCUCUCAACUUGAAAUUCAAAUGCGAUUAACGAAGUCCGACUAAGCCCGCGACCGUCUAGAGUCCCGGAGAAUCAACCGACAGACUUUUAGGGCCUAUGAAAUACAUCGUGAGGGGGAAGGUAAUAAGUGCAGUAAACAGGCAUUCAUAGAGAAGAGAAAUAGAAACAGUCCGUAAAUGGAUGGGAA